AUGGCAAGCUGGGUUUUAUCAGAAUGUGGUAUUAAACCUCUCCCCAGAUUCUUCCCUAAACCCAGAACCUCUUUCUCCUUUAACCCAACACUCUCCUUCAACUUCAAUCCACCAAGUACACUACCUUCUUCUCGAUAUGGGUUCUUCAACAGAACCAAGAACUGGGCGUUAAAUGUGACCACACCAAUAACAACUCUUCAAUAUUCUUCAUCUGAAGAACACACGAAGAGAUUUGAUCCAGGUGCGCCUCCUCCGUUCAAUUUGGCAGACAUUAGAGCAGCAAUACCCAAGCAUUGUUGGGUUAAGAAUCCAUGGAGGUCAAUGAGUUAUGUUGUGAGAGAUGUUGCUAUCGUUUUCGGAUUGGCUGUUGUAGCUGCUUACUUCAACAGUUGGCUUCUCUGGCCCCUCUACUGUGGACACGGUAGUUUCUCGAAUGAUCCAAGGUUGAAUAGUGUGGUCGGUCAUCUUCUUCAUUCCUCAAUUCUGGUCCCUUACCAUGGUUGGAGAAUCAGCCAUAUAACUCACCACCAGAACCAUGGGCAUGUCGAGAAUGACGAAUCUUGGCAUCCUUUACCUGAAAGCAUCUUCAAGAAUUUGAAAAAAACGACUCAAAUCUUUAGAUUUACACUGCCUCUACUUGAAGUCCAGGGAAAAACGGUUCUCAUUUUCAUCCUGACAGAUUUGUUUCUACCGAAAGAGAAGAAAGAUGUUCAGACAUCAACUGCAUGUUGGACUGCAAUGGCUGCUUUGCUUGUUUGUCUCAACUUUGUCAUGGGUCCAAUCCAAAUGCUCAAACUAUAUGGCAUUCCUUACUGGAUAUUUGUAAUGUGGUUGGACUUUGUUACUUACUUGCACCACCAUGGCCAUGAAGACAAGCUCCCUUGGUACCGUGGGAAGGAAUGGAGUUACCUGAGAGGAGGGCUCACAACAUUGGAUCGUGACUAUGGAUGGAUUAACAACAUCCACCACGACAUUGGAACUCAUGUGAUACAUCAUCUUUUCCCGCAGAUCCCACAUUAUAAUCUAGUAGAAGCAACAGAAGCAGCUAAACCAGUUCUAGGGAAGUACUACAGGGAACCCAAAAACUCUGGACCCCUGCCACUUCACUUACUAGGAAGCCUCAUAAGAAGUAUGAAGCAAAACCAUUUCGUAAGCGAUACCGGAGAUGUCGUGUACUAUGAGGCAUAUCCAAAACUUGAUGGACAAAGAACUUGA